GCGGCCCCGUGCCUGACCGCCCGCAGUGCGCCUGCGCGAGGCCUUGCGCGGCUUCCACUCCCUCUUCCCUCCUCCCUCCCUCCCGCCGGGCGGCCCGCAGGGAGGCGGCGGCGGCGGCGGCGGCAGAGGAGCCCGAGGAGGAGCCCGAGCCGCCCGCGAGACAGGCAGAUCCCUCCUUUGAAACCGCCUAAUCCUGGCUUGUGCUUCCCACCGUCAUGGCUACGGAAGAGAAGAAACCUGAUGCGGAAUCAGCCAAACCACAGUCGGCUCCUUCCUCCUCAACCAAUCAGAGCAAGCCUGCACCUGUGAAACCAAACUAUGCCCUGAAAUUCACAUUGGCAGGACACACCAAAGCCGUAUCCUCUGUAAAAUUCAGUCCCAACGGAGAGUGGCUGGCUAGUUCUUCGGCUGAUAAGCUUAUUAAAAUUUGGGGUGCUUACGAUGGCAAGUUUGAAAAAACAAUGUCUGGACACAAACUGGGAAUCUCUGACGUUGCUUGGUCAUCUGAUUCUAACCUUCUUGUCUCUGCCUCGGAUGACAAAACUCUCAAAAUUUGGGAUGUCAGCUCGGGGAAAUGCUUAAAAACUCUGAAGGGGCAUAGCAACUAUGUCUUCUGCUGCAAUUUCAACCCUCAGUCAAACCUCAUCGUCUCAGGAUCGUUUGACGAAAGCGUCAGGAUCUGGGACGUCAAAACGGGGAAGUGCCUGAAGACACUGCCAGCUCACUCGGACCCCGUUUCUGCCGUGCAUUUUAACCGGGAUGGCUCCCUGAUCGUGUCUAGCAGCUACGAUGGCCUGUGCCGGAUCUGGGACACGGCUUCUGGCCAGUGCUUGAAAACGUUGAUUGAUGACGACAAUCCCCCCGUGUCAUUUGUGAAAUUCUCUCCAAAUGGCAAAUACAUUCUAGCAGCAACUCUGGAUAACACUCUCAAGCUUUGGGACUACAGCAAAGGGAAGUGCCUCAAGACCUACACGGGCCACAAGAAUGAGAAGUAUUGCAUCUUUGCCAACUUUUCUGUUACUGGCGGAAAGUGGAUCGUGUCAGGUUCGGAGGACAACCUAGUUUACAUCUGGAACCUCCAAACAAAAGAGAUUGUACAGAAGCUGCAAGGGCACACAGACGUCGUGAUCUCCACGGCUUGCCAUCCGACGGAAAACAUCAUUGCCUCUGCAGCCCUAGAGAACGACAAAACGAUUAAACUUUGGAAGAGUGACUGUUAAGUGCUUUUGGCACCGGCAUCAUGUAGAGACCGUUGGGGUGGUGUCCAUAAAAUUGGAGGGUAUUUUGUGUUUGUGUUUUUUAAAAAAGGAGAAAAAAAAAACCCCACAUUUCAGCCGCGUUAGCAGGAAAUCUGGAGUGAUGUUGCAGCCUCGGCUGAUGGAGAAUGGAAGGCCCGGCCCUUGUGUUGAGACCCCCUUGGCUUCCUCAGAGAAGGCUAUCGUCCCUGCUUGGAGUGGGGGUGUUUGGUUGCCCCCCCCCCAGCUAGAAAGAAGGUGAAUCUUUUUAAAGUCCAGCUAAGGCAGAGGAGCUCCGUGCUUAACAAUACGCCUCAUCAGUGAAGACAAGAUAAAUGCGACCAAAUAAAUGUGUCCCUUGUUGCCCCCCCCCCCCGGUUCCAGAGCCUCCCCUCCUGUUUGCUCUGGUAGAGGCUAUUGUGGAAAAUCUUCCAGGCUUUUUCCCUCUUAGCCUCCCCUCCCCCCUCCCCCCCCCAAAAAAAGAACCAGCUCUUGUGACCCUUUUUUGUUUUUAUUUUUUAAAACCAUUUGGCAAAUUUCACAAUAUGUGUACAGUUACUUAAGUGUAAAAAAUUUUUUUUUACCUGGAAAAUUUCUCUGUAUGAACUUGUAUUGCUAAUAGUAUGACUGUAUCUUUUCCGGUGUCGACACUUCAUCCUUUUCCUUUCUCUACGGUACUCUCGGUGUCCUACGCCUCCCGGACGGGGACCCCACGGCAGAAUAAAAAGUGGGAUUUAAUGUGGUUGACAGCAG